AUGAAGGCGUCAUUCUGCAAUAGCUGUGUGGGUCUUUCGUGUGUUCAUGGGGAUGUGAUGAACAGUGGCAAGGCAUGGGCUUCUCCGCAACAAGCCUUUUUCCCCUUUUGUGCCUCUGCGAUUGGUACAAGACGCCCCUCUUCCUUCAUUUUUUCUUUUCCCAGUCUUUCCAUCACUCUUCCAAACUCUGUUUUGCUCCAGCUUUGCGGCAGUGGCGUCGGGGCGUAUGCGGCCCCGGUAGUUCUGUGCCUCUCUCUCUCUCUUUUCCCGCCCCAUCUGGCUUGCGUCUGCGUCGCCGCACGAAUACUUGAGCGCCAACGUCGGAUUGUAGGUGUUGUGUCCGGGGACACGCUCGCCUCACCGACGAGUUUGCUGCAACACCUGCGUGCACAAUGGCGUACUGCAGGUGUACUGCAGGCCGGCGGAGAAGAGCGGUGUCUGGUACUGGAGCCUCGCCGCAAGGAUGUGCGAGAGGCGGGAUCGGCGGAGCCAGCGACGGAUUUUCUGCACAUUACUUUUCAGCUUCUCACCUCGCCACCGCAGACGCUCGUUACUGACGUGGAUGCCAUCCUGCUGGGUUUCUCCCCAUCGCACCCCUUGUCGUUUCAGCACCUCGGGGAGGUUUGGUGGCCGAUUUUUGUCCACUUGCGGCGACUGCCACUUUUACUUGUGGUCGCGGAAAUGAAGCUGCUUGUUAUGCCAGAGGCUCAGCGAAGCAUGCGCGAGCGUUGCAUCCAGCAAAUAAGCGUGCAUGAUGUAGCGUCUGCGGCGCAGCCUACUGCUGUGCCGCCGGAGCAUAUUCUCCCCGUGCCACUGGGCCGUCCUGGGCCCCUGUACGCGAACACACGCACACCUCCUGGCACGUUGCUUGCGCAUCUCUGCAACACGCUCCUAUGCACCUGUGGUUCCGUCCCGGGAGGGGAGACUCAAUUCUUGCCUCUUCAACUGCGCUGGGAGGCGACACCUAGCGAGGCAGCUGCGUUUCAGCUCGAGGCUUAA